AACUGUCAAAUCAUAUUUCUGAAAAUCGGCGUUUUUCGCUUGUCAUCCAACAAAGUUUUGUAUUAUUUGUGAAAUUAAAAUGGCUUUACUGGAUAUUUGCCGCUUGGAUGAAAAGAUUAACUUGAAACCCGUGGACUCGCUUGCCUCUUUUCAAAAUGAUGUGAUGGGAUUCAGCCAGAACUUCGACAACGGCUACCAACUUGCGACCCCUCCAUUUGCAAACCCUGUUGAAACAUUGGCCCAGUUCAACACAAAAGAUGAGACCGGCAAACAGAUCAAAAUUGAGUUCGACCAUGGGACCACAACUCUUGGUUUUAGAUACAAAGGUGGAGUGCUACUGGCGGUGGACUCCCGAGCGACUGGCGGCCAGUUCAUCGGCUCACAAUCUAUGAAGAAGAUUGUCGAAAUCAAUGACUAUUUGCUUGGAACACUGGCCGGCGGUGCAGCGGACUGUGUGUACUGGGACCGCGUCCUCGCCAAGCAGUGCCGCCUCUACGAGCUGAGGAACCGCGAGCGCAUCUCGGUGGCGGCCGCCAGCAAGCUCAUGGCCAAUAUGGUGUACAACUACAAAGGCAUGGGGCUUAGCAUGGGAAUGAUGCUGGCUGGGAUUGAUAAGAGGGGAGCUCAGCUGUACUACGUGGACAGCGAAGGCACGCGCACGCCAGGCAAGGUCUUCUCAGUCGGCUCCGGGUCGGUGUACGCGUUUGGUGUCCUCGACUCUGGAUACAGCUGGGACCUGUCUGACUUGGAAGCUCAGGAGCUGGGCCGCCGCGCGAUUUACCACGCGACGCACCGCGACGCAUAUUCCGGCGGCAUCAUCCGCGUGUACCACAUCAGCGAGCAGGGCUGGGUCAACGUGUCCAACGAAGACUGCAGCACGCUGCACUACAAGUACCGCGCCGAGAAGGGGCAGGAAGACGACUAGAUGGGGCUUUUGAAAUAAAUGGUUUUUAAUAUA